AUGCCACACAAAUCACGAUGGGCCGUUCCCGUUCCAGAGGUCGACAUUCCUACCUAUCUCUUCGGCAGCCCUACCGCUCCGCUAGGAGAUGCCCUGGCCUUUGCUGACGCCGAAGACCCAGAGAGGCUGCGUCUGACCUGGACUGAGCUCCGUCUCUGGUCGCAGCGUUUCGCUGCCGGUUUGCAGGCUGCUGGACUACAGGAAGGUGAUCGGGUCCUUAUCCUCAGCGGCAACGAUGUCUUGUUCCCCGUCGUCAACUUGGGUAUUAUUAUGGCCAGUGGCAUCUACCAUUCUGGCAAUCCGCACUCUAAUCCUCGUGAGUUGGCAUACCAGCUGGGCCUUACAAAGCCGAGAUUUAUCCUGGCGAGUGAGGAAACUAUAGCCUGUGCUCUUGAGGCCGCUGCCAUGGUGGAUAUACCCCGGGAGCGCGUUUUCCUCUUCAACGAUGGCCCUCUAAUCCAGGAUGGUGGUGGUGAUGACGAUUAUAACGCUGGAGUAAAACAUUGGAAGCAUUUACUCGCGCCAAAAGAGGCUGGCAGCCGAUUCGCGUGGAAGAAGCUAACCCCGAGCGAAUCGAAGUCCACAACAGUAUACACGAUAAUGACAUCUGGAACUACUGGACUGCCCAAAGCAGCAGAGGCAUCGCACCACAGCAUAAUCGCAAAUUGCGUUCAGACGGACUUCGUCAUGAACCUCGAUCCCAGCGUUUCCACGAAAGAGUUAGCGGCCAGAAACUCGAGAUGGCUAUGUGCAAUUCCACUGUAUCAUGGCCUGGCCCUGUGUUAUUUCUGCACCAUCUCUAUCGCGCGACGCAUCCCGUCGUAUAUCAUGCCAAAAUACGAGAUUACCCGCAUGCUGGAAAGUAUCCAGAGGUUUCGGAUCACAGAACUACAUCUUGUACCGCCAAUCAUCGUGGCCAUGACCAAGCACCCUGCGGUGAAGAGCAGGAAGUACGAUCUCAGCAGUGUUACAAAGACCUUCUCCUGUGCGGCACCGCUAGGUCCAGAGCCGACUGUACAGUACGAGGCGCUUUGGCCAAGGGGGCAAGUAAAUGUCAAACAGGGCCUUGCUUCGACUGACUCUCUCGGCUGGGAUCCCACCCUCACGGCCGUGGCCGGCUCCGUUGGCGAGCCAAUGCCGAACUGUGAGAUCAAGCUGGUGGACGAUGACGAGAAUGAGGUCCCGCGUGGACAAAGUGGCGAGAUAUGGUUUCGUGGUCCAAACAUUAUGCAGGGCUACUGGCAGAACAAAAAGGCUACCGAUGAGACUAUUACUGAAGAUGGGUGGUUGAGGACAGGGGAUGUAGCUCGCCAGGAUGAGCUUGGGUGGUAUUAUGUGGUGGAUCGGAAGAAGGAAAUGAUCAAGGUCAAGGGCGUCCAGGUCUGGCCUGCUGAGCUGGAGGCACUUCUUCUCGAUCAUCCUUCAGUCAAUGACGCUGCUGUGAUUGGCGUGAGAAAGGGCGACGACGAGCAUCCCCGUGCGUACGUCGUGGCAGCUCCAGGAACCUCCGUCUCGGCUGAGGAUAUCUUGGAAUUCAUUAACAGCAAGGUAUCAACGAUCAAAAGACUCACUGGCGGUGUUGUCUUCACUGAUACCAUUCCAAGAGCGCCUUCUGGAAAGAUAUUGCGACGAGUUAUCAGAGACGGCGUUGCGAGCAAUUCCAAAUUGUAA